AUGGAGAGAGUAGCCAACCCCUGUCUCUCAAAUUCAUUUCUAGACACAAAAUAACCCAGUGAACCAAAAUUAAUUUUUAUUUCUUGUUCUGAAUCAUGAAAGACUUCAACAUCUUCUCCAUCUGGGUGUUUAUCAACCUGUUGCUACUGGAGAGCUCAUCAUGUGCUGGUGACUCAAGUGCUGUGAAUCCCUGUUGUUACUACCCAUGUCAGAACUCAGGAGUGUGUGAAAGAUUUGGUACAGACCGCUACCAAUGUGACUGCACUCGCACUGGCUUCUAUGGAGACAACUGCACUGUUCCGGAGUUCUGGACCAGAGUUCGUCUUAUGCUGAAGCCCAGUCCUAGGGUGGUUCACUUCAUCCUCACCCACUUCCAGUGGUUUUGGGACCUCGUCAAUAGCUGUUUCCUGCAAGACACAAUCAUGAGAUUAGUGCUGACAGUCAGAAGUGAACUUAUUCCAAGCCCUCCAACCUACAAUACCAAAUAUGGAUACCUCAGCUGGGAGUCCUACUACAACACCUCCUACUACACCCGGCUCCUCCCUCCAGUACCUGAAGACUGCCCUUUGCCUAUGGGAACUAAAGGUAAAUCUGUUCUUCCGGAUACCAAAGUGUUGGCUGAGAGGUUUUUUAAGAGAAAUAAAUUUAGGCCUGACCCUCAGGGAACCAAUGUGAUGUUUGCCUUCAUGGCCCAGCACUUCACUCAUCAAUUCUUCAGGACAAACCAUGAAGUUGAAGGUGGCUUCACCAAGGCUUUAGGACAUGGGGUAGAUGCAAGCAAUAUCUACGGAGAUGACCUCACGCGUCAGCUUCAACUCCGUCUUCAUAAAGAUGGAAAGCUGAAAUAUCAGUUAGUAAAUGGUGAGAUGUACCCUCCUACAGUAUCUGAAGUCCCCGUGCACAUGGUGUAUCCUGAAGGUUUCCCUCCAGAAAACCGUCUGGCCAUUGGUCAGGAGGUGUUUGGCAUCCUGCCGGGUCUCACUAUGUACGCAACCAUUUGGCUCAGGGAGCAUAACAGAGUCUGUGACAUCCUGAAGGCAGAACAUCCCACCUGGGAUGAUGAGCAGCUCUUCCAGACUGCCAGACUCAUCAUUAUUGGGGAGAUCAUCAACAUUAUAAUCGAAGAGUACGUCCAGCAAUUGAGUGGUUACCUGCUGAAGCUGAAGUUCGAUCCCUCCCUCCUCUUCAAUGAGCGCUUCCAGUACAGCAACCGCAUCGCUCUGGAGUUCUGCCACCUCUACCACUGGCAUCCGCUGAUGCCUGACAGCUUUCUCAUUGAUGGAGAUGAAAUCCCAUACUCCCAGUUUAUUUACAACACUUCCCUCCUCAUGCAUUACGGGGUGGAGAAACUGGUGGAUUCCUUCUCUCGACAGCCUGCAGGGCAGAUAGGUGGAGGUCACAACUCUCAUGAAGUAGUGCUCAAAGUGGCAGAAAUGGUCAUCAGAGAGUCUAGAGCAGCGCGUGUGCAGCCCUUUAAUGAAUACAGAAAGAGGUUUAACCUCAAGCCAUACACCUCUUUUUAUGAAUUUACUGAUGACAUAGAAAUAGCCAGAGGUUUAGAGGAACUCUAUGGUGACAUAGAUGCUUUGGAGCUCUACCCCGGCGUCAUGCUGGAGAAAGCACGUCCUAACGCCAUAUUUGGUGAGAGUAUGGUGGAGAUGGGUGCUCCCUUCUCCCUGAAAGGCCUGCUGGGAAACCCCAUCUGCUCCCCUGAGUACUGGAAGCCCAGCACCUUUGGGGGUGAGACAGGCUUUAAUAUCAUCAAAACUUCUACUUUGAAGAAACUGGUGUGCCUUAAUACCAAGUGGUGUCCAUACGUGGACUUCCAUGUUCCAAGAAAGGAAGAGGAAGCAAAACCACGAAAGGAGGAGGAAGCAAAACCAUCUAUUGAACUUUAAUGAAUAUUCAAUAGAUGCUAUGUGAUUUCAUUACUCAUAAUCAGUGUAUUACUAUUGCGACUGUGGGAGCUGACACUAUGGCUCUCAUUGUGUAGUAAAGUUUUGUCAUAAACUCAAUCAGAUUGGAUUUAUUGCCCUUGAAAGUGAUUUCGAUAUGCAUGUGUUAAUUGAAUGGAUUUAAUCCAGCCUGCCGUAAAUGACAUUUGACUGUUCAUUUAAGCCUGUUUACCUUCUGAAAAUACCUCUAACAAAUCACAUAGUUUCUGAAGAUCUGGCUAAAUCAAUUUAUUCAUUACCAUUUAGACCAAGAGAAUUCCUCUGGAUGUUGUAAAAAAAAAAUAUUAAAUUUGCUAAUGGCAUAACUCAGUAUGA